UAGAACUCUAAAGAUACAUGGAUAUUGUUGUUGUGGACUUGUUUUAGGAGAGGAAUCUAAAAGCAAAGUCGCUGUCUCGCUGACUGUAACAGUCAAUUUACCAGGCAACUUGGUAGAACAGCGUUGCAGCCAUGGCAGAGAGUGCCAUCCUCGAAAAAGUGGUGCCAGCGUUGGGAGCGGUGGUAUCUACGGUCAUGUAUAUGUCGCCUUUGAAAGCUGUGCUUCGGGCAUCGAAAGAGAAGAGCCUCGGAGACCUAAAUCCUCUUCCAUUUGGAGUGACUAUUGCAAACACUAUCGCAUGGCUCGGCUACGGACUGCUAAAGCACGACCCGUUCGUUACCACGCCAAACGCAAUCGGCGUCCUCAUUGCGGUCUUCAUGACCCUCACAGCUUACGGACUGGCGGAUGAACAUGCCCGCUAUCGCAUGCGCAUCGUGGUCUGCCUCACCUCUGCCAUCAUGCCGCUGCUGGGGGUGGUCACCGCCUUUGGUGGCAGCGACGCCAAGACGCAGCAAGGGCUGUGGGGCCUGGCCGGGAACGUGGUGUGCCUCAUCUACUACGCGGCGCCGCUGACUAGCAUGCUGGAGGUCAUCCGCUCGCGCAACUCGGCGUCCAUCCUGGUGCCGCUGACGAUGAUGAACACCCUCAAUGCGGCGCUGUGGACCACUUACGGCGUUGCCGUACGCGACCCGUACAUCUGGCUGCCCAACGGCAUCGGCCUGGUGCUGUCGCUCAUGCAGGUGGCGCUGCGGGUGGUCUUCCCCGCCAAGGCCGGGAGCUCCUCCGUGCUGCCCAGCCACCAACACCACGCGUCUUUCCCUCACUCCAGUGACCCCGCCGCUGACCCCCGUUCGCCUCUCGUCGACAGCGGCGGCGCCAAGUACAGUCGCCUGGACGAGUCCUUCAACGCAGCCGGGGUAGUCCAGAACCACUAGAACGGCUUCCGUGACCGUAGCAAAUGCGGUACAUGUCUAUAUGUGAGAGCUGACGGUAGGGAGAUAUGCACAUAGGGAGAUAGGCAGGCUGCAUAGAGGAGGCGUGACGUGGCGUGUUGCAGGUUUGCGGUUUGGCAGGUUGCAGGAUGCGGCGUCAAGGGGAUGUCGGCGGGUUCGUGUUCGCAUGAAGCUAGGCAUCUAAGAUGGCUGGUUCUACUUAUGCUACGUACACGUGUUUUUUCACGCUUUCAGCGCUUCAUGGGGGCCGAAAGCAGUAUCGUGCAUUCGCAUAGUUUUAUGACGUCUGGCUGAAGGGACGGCGUGAAGGCGGAUCAUGCGGUGCAUGGUUUUCGGUAGCCAUGCUAUCAUCGCAGCCCUUGCGGUGGUUAAGGUGGCCGCGGUAGGAUUGCGGGGACGUCUGCUGGUUGUAAAUGGGCAUUCGUGCGUCAGGCAUUGGCAGGCUACAUGCGACUUGGGCCGAGGUCGGGUCCUGUGGCGUUGUGGUGGUACUAUCUGGUCUGGGGCUGGUUUGUCCACACAACGAGUGCCCAGCACUGGUAACGGGUGAUGUGCCCAAGCGGUCUU